AUGGCUACAGAGGACCUGGCCUUAAAAGGUCGACUCAGAAACAACCGUGAUUUUAAUAUAUUUAGGAACUGUCACUCCUCCUACAACCCGUACAUAAUGUUGCGCACGGAAAUACAGUUUGAUGAUCCUGCCACUCUUCAGGUGCCUGGAGAGGACACAGUAACAAUUCGCAGGAGCAGUAUGGUCAUCAUUUGGCAUGUAACAUUGGGAGGAGAUGGAAAAGGAAAAGUGGAUUUCCUGUCUAACUUGAAGCGUCACACAAAGGCUGUCAAUGUGUGCCGAUUUUCUCCAGACGGUGAGAUGCUGGCAUCUGCUGGAGAUGAUUCUGUGAUAAUAUUCUGGAAGCUGAGUGACCAGUCCACUCCGGCCAACAGCAUCUUCCAGGAGGAAGAGGAGGAUAACAAGGAGAAUUGGGUCACCCAUAAGGUUCUAAGGGGUCACCUUGAGGAUAUCUACGAUCUGAGCUGGUCAUCAGAUGGCAAGUACAUGAUCUCUGGAUCAGUGGACAACAGUGCUAUUCUCUGGGAUCUUGUUAAAGACCAGAAGCUAGCGUUGUUUAAUGAACACAAGAGUUUUGUGCAGGGUGUAGCCUUUGACCCCAAGAAUGAAUUUGUGGCAACUAUGUGUACUGACAGAUCUUGUCGUGUGUACAGUGUGGCCAGCAAGAACUGUGUACACAAUAUCUCCAAGAUGAGCCUUCCUCUUCCAAAACCUCCGAAAGAGGAUGACACAGACCUCAAAACUGAUGUUAAACCAGAUAAACCCAAGAGUUUUAGGAUGUUUCAUGACGAUACUAUGCGAUCUUUCUUCCGAAGACUAACAUUUUCUCCCGAUGGUGAGAUUCUGAUUACGCCCGCAGGUUGUAUGGAGAUCGGAGAUAAGGUUAUCAACUCUACAUAUCUAUUUUCUAGGCACAACUUAAACAAGCCAGCUGUCUAUCUACCCAGUCCCAAAAAAGCCACAAUAUGUGCCAGGUGUUGCCCUCUGCUGUACCAACUUCGCAAAAUACACCGGAAUGGAACAACAGAUCAUACGAAUAACAAUUUAAAAGAAUGGGAAAAAUAUACAACUUUAUUCUGUCUGCCCUACAGGAUAGUGUUUGCUGUAGGGACGGAGGACUCUAUCCUACUAUACGACACACAACAAUUGACACCGUUCGGCUACAUCAGCAAUAUACAUUAUCACCAACUCAGCGACCUCGCCUGGUCACCAGAUGGCCGAUUCCUGUUUGUAAGUUCUACAGACGGCUACUGUACCAUGGUUGUAUUUGAUGAGGGAGAGAUUGGAGAAGUGUACGUACCGGAGGAAGUGUCUGAUCCGUCUGACAGCACAGGGGUAGACGUUAAAGACGAGAAACGAUCACAACCAAGUCCUGCUCCGUCCUCAAAUAGUUCUAGAAGUGAAGACCCAAUGAUCAUGGAGACGGAUUCCUGUAGCAAUGAUCUUAAACUUAUUCUGGAAACGUCAAAUGAUGAUCUGCCAAAAGACUGUGUCGAUGAGGAGAAAUUGAACUCCGAUGUGGUGGCAUCACAAACUGUUGAGAAAGUUUUGCCUAGUGCUCCUACCAGCCAGCCUGACAUGGAUAAAGACAAACCGAAGCCCUCUAUAGCAGGCCUCAACAUCCGUUCCUCCUCUGGACGACGGAUACAACUCACCACUCUCUCACUUAACAAACCCAAGUGACGAAGAAAUCUUGUUAUAGGGAUGACAAACUCAACAGAAAAUUCUUUUCAGUCAGAAUGUUUCCAAAUAUAUUCAAAGUUCACAAUGAAAUUUUCUUGUGUCUUAACUCUGAAGGCAAAAAGUAUGAAAUUAUUGACAACAACCACGUUUUCAAAACAAUUGAAGAAUGAUUGAGUUGAUGAGGCCAUAUAGGACGAGUUUUUAUAUGGCAUGCACAGUAAAUAAAAUAACCAGAUAUUUCCUUGUAUUACUUAGCAAUUGGGGAGUAUUUUCUCAUUCAGCAAAUCUUUUCACUCCUUCCAAAAAGCACUUUUACAUUGUGAAAAAUAUUGAAGGCUAUAUUCGUUAAAUUAAUGUAUUGUUAGGGAUGUCUUACGGUAAAAUAUUACACUAUAUAUAAAACAUUUCUCAAAAGAAUUGAUAGGAUAUAGAUUACUCAAAUAAAUGUUGUUUUGAAUAGCAAAUUAUAAAACCCGACCAGGCAUCUGAAAUUUUGCUACCACUAGCCCUCAACCACUGGGUCGCGGGUUCGAGGCCUACAUGUGGGGCAGUCGCCAGGUACUGG